CAACCAGUUGUUCGUACGGAAUGCGAUAAAACCAUUGACGUUCGCAAUGUCUACGUAACCGUAAUCGUAUUCGUACAAAAAUGUAAUUGCUUUCCUGUGCGGUACUUAAAUGUAUUGGAGUAUAUGCUUUCAAAAAUUUACUUGCUGGGCAUGAAUGGACAGGUGCAACCCUCUAGGGAGAGGUUAGGAGGCUUUACUAACAGUACAAUAGAAUUAUUUUCUGGUAUGAUUACCACAGAUCGUGUUCCAAAUAUACAACUAGCUACUACAAAUAAUGGAUUGCCUAUGGAUGACUCCAGUGUUACUACAGAGGUUGAUAGCAAAGUCAAAACAAAAUUAUUGUCUAUGUGGAAUAAUGUUAAAUAUGGCUGGACCAUUAAGGUAGUUAAACCAAACUUCUCGAAAGAAUCUCCAGUAUGGUUACUUGGAAAAAUUUAUCGUAAGAAACCAGAAGAGUUUUUGGAAAAAGCUUCUGAAGCAGAGAAAACUUUAGAUACUGGAAGUGAAAUAUCUUUAGCUAUGGAUGCUAUUAGUUUUGAGGAUGGUAUAGAAGAAUUUAGAAAGGAUUUCACAUCACGCCUUUGGUUAACAUAUAGAAGAGAAUUUCCUAUAUUAAAUGGUUCUACAUUCACCACCGAUUGUGGUUGGGGAUGUAUGCUACGUAGUGGUCAAAUGAUGUUGGCACAAGCGCUGGUCUGCCAUUUUCUUGGAAGAGGCAUUUAUUUUUUUCACAAAUGGCGGUGGCAGCUAGAUCAACCAAUAAAAACAGAACAACAAAAAUCGGAUGAAUAUAAUCACAGGUUAAUAAUUAAAUCAUUUGGAGAUCUACCAGAUAGUAUAUCUCCAUUUUCUAUACAUACACUUGUUUCUUUGGGUGCUCUAUGGGGAAAACGUGCAGGAGAUUGGUAUGGACCUACUUCUGUAGCUCAUCUUUUAAGCCAAGCAGUAGAGCAAGCAGCAGAACAACAUCCAGUAUUCAAUAACUUAACCGUUUAUGUUGCUCAAGAUUGUGCAGGUGUUUAUCUGCAAGAUGUAGAAAAUGUAUGCCAAAUGCCAGAUGGCAAAUGGAAAUCUCUUAUACUCUUUGUACCUUUAAGACUUGGUGCUGACAAAUUAAAUCCUAUUUAUGCAUCUUGCUUAACACACUUACUUACACUAGACACUUGUAUUGGUGUAAUCGGUGGUCGACCUCGGCAUUCGCUUUAUUUUAUUGGUUUCCAGGAAGAUAAAUUAAUUAAUCUAGAUCCGCAUUAUUGUCAAGAAACUGUUGAUGUAUUAAAAGAUAAUUUCCCUUUGACGAGUUUUCAUUGUACUUCACCAAGGAAAAUGUUAAUAUCAAAAAUGGAUCCUAGCUGUUGUGUGGGAUUUUAUUUUCAUAACAAAUUGCAAUUUACAAACUUUAUGGAGAUUGUUCCCUCUUACUUGGUGCCAGAAGAUGAAAAAGUCGAUUAUCCGAUGUUUUUAUUUUGCGAAGGGAGCGGGAAAGAUCUCCGUCAAAAAAUUGAAAUUGCAGAAAAUAUAAUUCCUCCUACUACCUCUUUUACAGGUAAUGGUACGUAUGAUGACGAUCUUGACGAGUGCGAAGAAUUUGAACUACUACAAUGA